CAGGCGGAGCAGUAAACUUCUUGCACAACACAGAGAAAAGGGGAGUCCAGGACUUCAUUUUUUUUUCGGGUUAACAUCCCAGACCCAAAUGUCGUCCCGUUGCUACGCGCUACAUAAAGCCACUGCACAAGCUGAAGUUUCGAUUAUUGAUGACUUGGAGAGAGGGCUGUUGCUGGCUGCGGAGUCCUAAAGAGGGUAACCCGAGGUGCGGUGAAGAUGGAAGGACACGAAGCUUCCGACUGGAGCAGCUACUACGGGGAACCGCAGGAGGCCUAUUCGACGGUGCCAGUGAACAGUAUGAACCCGGGACUGGGCAGCAUGAACAGCUACAUGAGCAUGAACAGCAUGGGCUCCGGCGGCAACAUGACCUCGGGCUCCUUCAACAUGUCCUACGGGAACCCAGGGAUGGGCACGGGGCUAAGCCCGGGCAUGGCCGCGAUGCCAGGCGGCGGGGCGGGCGGUAUGGGCGGCGGGGUGACGGCCAUGAGCCCGAACCUGAGCAGCCAGCAGGCGUCCAUGAGCGCGCUGAGCCCGUACUCGAGCCUGAGCCCGGCCCUGAGCCCCAUGGCCUACAGCCAGAGUAACCUGAGCCGGCCCAGGGACAGCAAGAGCUUCCGGCGCAGUUACCCGCACGCCAAGCCGCCGUACUCUUACAUCUCGCUGAUCACCAUGGCGAUCCAGCAGGCCCCCAGCAAGAUGCUGACCCUCAGUGAGAUUUACCAGUGGAUCAUGGACCUGUUCCCGUAUUACCGCCAGAACCAGCAGCGCUGGCAGAACUCCAUCCGCCACUCGCUCUCCUUCAAUGACUGCUUCAUCAAGGUGGCCCGCUCCCCGGACAAACCGGGCAAAGGCUCCUACUGGACCCUGCACCCGGACUCGGGAAACAUGUUCGAGAACGGCUGCUACCUGCGACGCCAGAAGCGCUUCAAGUGCGAGAAGAAGUCGGCGCUGCGGGCGGACGGAGCGCGCAAAGAAGCCGCGCCUCAGGGCAGCCCGGCAGCCGCUGGCAGCCGCCCCGGGCCGCUCGCCCAGGCCGAAGGCACGCCGGCCCUCAGCGACUCGAGCAGCUCGUCCAGCCCAGACACCGAGCUCGGCAAGCCGCAGGCUCCGCUGGCCAGCUCGGGCCCGGCGCUGGCUGGAGGCCCGGCCUUGGGCAACGCGCUCAGCCUGAGCCCGGGGCCGCCGCCCCUCGGCCACGUGUCGGCCGCCGACUCGCAGCAAGUACACCACCUGAAGGGAGAGCCGCAUUACUCCUUCAACCACCCGUUCUCCAUUAACAACCUCAUGUCAUCCGAGCAGCAGCAUCACAAGAUGGACUUGAAGGCUUACGAACAGGCCAUGCAUUACUCCAGCUACGGGAGCAGCGGGCUGGCCCUCAGCUCCAUGGGCAAGGGCAGCAUGGAGCCCUCGGUCCUGGCCAGCGAAGCCUCCUACUACCAAGGUGUGUAUUCCAGACCUGUUCUCAACACCUCUUAGUUUUACACGCAAAAUAAAGGAGCUUAAACCGUCAGAUCAUCAUUGACACUUUGCCCCCUUUCGGGAUUGCUAUUUCAGCACCGUUGUGUGCAAAGACUGUUACUUUACAAGAUUUAACAUGUAUCAAAAACUGCAAGUGCAAAGUAGCAGCAGAGUUUGACGACGAAUCACGACUGUACAUUUCGCGGAGAAUAUCUCGCAAACAACUGCAGAAUGUAUUUAAUUUUUUUUUAGAACCGUGUUGUAUAAUUCUAGAAUUCGUUAUGUGAUCCUGUACCUCUUUCUCCGCGUCCACUUACUAUUCCCAGAGGCUGCCCGCAAGUUGUGACAAACCCAAGACUUGUCUCGACCACUUAAAAAAAUGAGCGGGAGAGAGAUGAGCGUUAGGGUAAGCAUGGGGGUUGAAUAAAAUGAGCUGCUUGGAGAAAAUGACUCUGUGUUAAUUCUAUGAAACUGCUCUAUUAAAAAAUCUCUACAGGACGCUGUGCAGUUUUAGUGAAAAAAAGACGAAAGCCGUUUCCCGUUUCAUGUGUUCAUGUCGAUUCAUUGGCAAUUUUUUUUCAAAGCGGGUUGAUUGUAAAAAUGAACCAAAUGUUACCUGCAUCAGGAACCAGGAAAAGUUACUAUAUUUUUCGUUCCGCGAUGCCUUUUAACUCUUAUUUCCAUCCAGUGUUAAUGCACUUUCCCCCCCGUUUUUAGAUGUCUAGAAAUGUUGGUGUUAGCAUAUAGCCAGGCGGGCUCUUGCGGCUUUUCUCAUUGUGCCUAAUUUAUUGCAUGAUCUACUCUAGGUCCUUUCUAGUUUUAAGUUGUUGAAAAAUAAUGAUACAAAUUACAAAUGGAAUUUAAGGAGUUGUUAAUUUUGUAUUUGUAAUUCUAUGAAAAUGAAUAAAAUUAUUUUGA